UCGGGUUUGCAAUAUUAUUACCCCACACACACAAUGUUUUUUAUCACACUUGCAAAGAAAAAAACUAAAUUUUAAGCGAAGUAAUUCUUAAAUACGGUGACAUUUCAGGCAUUUGUUCGCCACAUUGUCAUUUUUGUUUUUGACUGGCUAGGCAUCGAACGCCGUACCGUCCGGCAUUUAGCCACGAUUGAAAUUUGUGAAAAUUAAAAAAUUAAAAAGGCUAUUAAUCAAAUUUAUUAUAAUUUUUAAACAUAAAUCAAUUAAAUUAUAAACGUUAGUAUUUUGAACGUAAAACUAAUUUUAUUUUUUGGCUUUAAACAAGUAUUUUACAUAGAACCUACGUGGUUCGUAUAAGUUAGUGACAUAUUUAAAAAGAAAAGCUAUAACUCCCGUGGGAGUUAAUUUGACUUCAGCUCCCGCAGCACAUGCGUGAAAUAGCACGCUUACUACGCAGUGUGAUGAAAUAUAUUAAUAUUAACUAAAUUUGUCACAAAUCAGAUCUCUAACAUGAUUUAAUUUGAUAUCUUAGGUGAAAAAUCUUAUAAGUAAAUGUGGCAAGCAGUAUUUGCCAUAUUAGUUUUUCUUAAUACAUAGAAAAUAGACCAGCUAAAAUGUAUGAAACAGCCAAAUUUUUUCCGCGAUUUCGUGGUUGGUCCCAUAGUAAAAGUUGCUCAGUAUAAUCCCAAAACCUCCCUGGCAAAGGGAAUGCACUUAUUUUUAAGCCACCGUGUAUAGUGCGUAUUAUUUGUCGGGUGAAUCAAUUUUUUUCUUGUAACUCGUUACCAUGGUUAUUUUCUCUAAGAUAUUAAUACCCUGGCUUUAUGAUAUAGUCGCCAUCAGAUAUAUCGGAGCGGUCAAGGUGCUCACAAAUAUCUGAACACGCCUCUAUUGUCAAGGCGUUAGAGUGCGUGUUCAGAUAUUUUUGAGCACCUCGGCCGCUCCGAUAUAUCUGAUUGCGACUGUACCACUAUUUUCACCAGGACAAUGGGACAUAAUUAAUAAAAUUGAUUUAAUAUCAUUAGUAAUAACAUUAUAAGUUGAUCCACCCAUAAACACUUCUCCAUAGAGUAUAUUGAAUCUCUCAAUCUUGUUGGUGGCAAAUAUAAGCUACGGAUUUGGUGUUUUCCCAUUUGUCCCCGCCCCACGUGACUAAUUUAUUUUAUAUGAAAACACCUAUUCCCAUACCGGGCACAGGCCCGGCGGGGACAAAUGGGAAUACACCAUGCAUUUGUUUAGAUAUUAUUGUAAUUGUAGGCUUGCUAGCCCGUAUGUUUCAUGGACUGAAAUAUAAUGUAAAUGGGUGAAUCAACUUUUAAUGUUCAACAUCAAACGUACAGAGUCCCUGAUCGAUAUUACAAAUUUAUAUAAAGGUAAUGAGCUUUAUUUGCAUUCCAUUCUGUUCCCAGUAAUUUUACGUAACAUUUCAUCACGAAACAUUGAAUUGUUUUUUACAAUUUAUCCGGUUUUUAAUGGUUGUCCGAAAGACCAAAAGAUGGUUUUCAUAGUACGUCAAAUUGUCCCUUUGCGACGGUGCACCAUACAAAUUUGAAUCAUGAAAAAAAAUACUAUUGUGGGAUUGAUAUACAUUAUACACAUAAUCAUUUUUAUGGAUAAGUAUCAUCAAUAAAACACCGAUUUCUUAUAUUUGUACUAAACCGUUUAUAAAUUUCUUGCGUUUUAAUUUUGUCCCUUGAAAUUAUCCGCGUCAUGCAGGUCCAUCGGACAACCAUAAAUUAGUUACGGAAUCUAAAUGUAGAUGGCGCAGUAAGGCACUUGACAACAAGUUUAAUUUCCUGGUAAUCUGAUAGGUCUAGCCGCCAUUUUGAAUAAACGACACUCGCGUCGUCAGUCGGUCGGGUACUGUUGGUGAGUGCGGGGUGGUUUUAUUGUCUGUCCAUCGGACCACCGGCACAAAUUCGCAAUGGGGUUGACGGAGAAGGAAAAAUCUAGGCGCUAUAGAGAGAGACUUAAAGCAGACCCAGAAAAAUUGGCUGAAAGGAAGCGAAAAAAAAGAGAAAGUUAUCAUAAAAACAAAAUAUCGAUAUCAGCUAUGCAGCCUGAGGACAAAAAAUACUGCAGAACCAUAUGGAAAUUGCGUAAACAAGAACAAAGAAAGAGAUCAAAAGCACUUCGAAACAUACUGCAAGAAACACCACCAAGUUCUCCGUCUACUUUGCAGGAAAUCAAUAUACCACAAGAUCAAUAUGUACCCACUCCGCCGGCUUCUCCCUUUGCACCUCUGGAAUCUGAACAGAAUAAAAAAAGGGGAAGGAAAAUAAUCCGUAGAGAUAGAUCUAAGAUGUACAAAGAAAAUUUAAAAUUACGAAGCCAAGCCAAUAUGUGGAAAAAAAAAUUUGAAAAAUUUAAGAAGAGGGCUCAUCGUAAAGCAAACGAAUUAAAUAAAAUUAAAGAAAAAAGAACCGUGGCAGAAAAUGAAUUAUACGAAAAAUACAAAACUUUAACUCGUGCUAUAAAGAAAAACUACAUGACAACAAAGGCACGAGAAGGGAAAAGGAUGUUGAGAAAGAUAUUUGAAAACGUAGAUGAAUCACGCAAGAAACAAAUCAUACAGGACAGUUUAGGUGUAAAAGGAAGCGCUAAAGCAAAUACAACAUGUAAGGGUGAAACGGAACUAAUUAAGAAAGUAAAAUGUUUUUUCCAAAGAGAUAAUGGGUCAAGAAACACCGCCGGCAAGAAAGAAACCGUCACUAAAGGAAAAGAAAAAGUUCAAAAACGGUUCCUUUUAGAGUCAAUGAAAAAUUUAUUCAAAGCAUUUAAGUUGGAGAAUCCAGGGACAAAAUGUUCCUAUUUCUAUUUUACGAAACAUCGACCCUUCUACGUACUCAGACCAACAGUAGAUGGCAGGGAUAUGUGCCUUUGUAAAACACAUGCAAAUGCAGCAGCUAAAAUAAAGGCUCUAAAGCAGAAAAGAGUUAUUAAUGCGGUGGAUACAAGUACACUGAUUCUAGAAACAGUGUGUGACAGUAAUAAAAUGGAUUGUAUGUUUGGUACUUGUGUACAAUGUCAAGAUAGAGAAAUAAAAAUAAACGAAGAUAAUGUUAAGGGUAAAAUGCAAUGGUUUGAAUGGGUGAGAGAAGAGGAAAUUUAUGUAAAAGGAGGCAAAAGGAUGAAAUCUAUUAAGAAUGUUAAAAUAUUGAAUGAAGAUUUGGUACAAAACAUGAUAGAUAAAUUUAAAGAGGAUCUGAAAAUAUUAAAAAAACAUAUUUUCAAUAUGAAAACCCAGUACAGGAAUUUCCGGCAAAGUGUUGAUAACAUUAAACCAAACGAAGCCGUAAUUUUAGUUGAUUUCAGCGAAAAUUAUAGUGCAAAAUGCCAUGAAGAAAUUCAAGCACACCAUUUUGGUGGAUCCCGCAACCAAAUAACACUCCACACUGUUGUCGUAUACCUGCACGACAAAGACAAAAAUUACAAGGUAUCUUCUUUUUGCUCUGUAUCGCCAUGCAAUAUCCAUCAACCUGCUGCAAUAUGGGCGCACUUACAUCCGAUUCUAACAAGCAUUAUUGAAGAUUACCCUGAAAUUGACACUAUCCAUUACUUUUCUGAUGGACCUUUCUCUCAGUAUCGCCAGAAAGGUAACUUCUUCUUGGCUUGUACAAAAACAUUUGACUACGGGUUUCAAGCAUUUAGCUGGUCAUUCUUCGAAGCAGGUCAUGGCAAGGGAGCGGCUGAUGGAAUUGGGGGAUUCCUUAAAAGAGAGGCGGAUAACAAGGUAGCAACUGGAAAAGACAUAACCGAUGCAUUUGGAUUUUACCAAGCCCUCAAGGAAUCUAGCAAAAUCAAAUUGUUUUAUAUAAUCAAAGAAAAAAUUGACGAUGUUCAAAAUUGUAUUCCAAAGGAUCUUGUCCCUCUGCCUGGAACCAAAGAUGUGCACCAAAUCUUUUCAAGGAUUCGUGGCCAACUAAAGUAUAGAAAUUUGAGUUGUUUUUGCUCAAGAGGAUUGUGCGACUGUUUGCAUCCAAAGUUUUACUCACCUACCCCAACUUUAAGAAUAAUUCCAUCCCCUGUGGACAUGUGUGAGCACAACAUACUUGAUGAUGUAGACAACAUACGUGAUGAUAUUAUAUCCAGUGAUGAUACUGAUGAUGAUUUGCCUUUGAGUGCCCUGGUUUCUUUAAAACAGGAUGACAUCUUAUUUACUGAUCUACAUAAGGCUCCAAACAAAAGUAUUUACAACUGUGUGUAUGGUUCUUCUGAUGAGUCUAAUGAUGAAAAAAAUACUACACAGCCAUCAGUAUCAGGGCAAAACCAGUUAUUACCUGGAAUGGGUGAUUAUCUACUCGUCAAAGUUUAUGGCACCAAAGGCAAAUCAUACCAUAUUUACGCAUGCAUUGCUCAAAGCAAUAUCGACGACGAUGGAGAAAUUAAAGUCACAUUUAUGAAAUGUGUUAAAGGUGGGAAACUAUUUGUCCUCAAUGAAAAAGAUGUCUCCUAUGUUGCUUAUGAAGACAUCGUUCAAAAACUUCCUAAUCCGGAAAUUCAAUUGAAAAGAGGUGUCAAUUAUUUUAAGUUUCCAAUAGACACCAAUGUUUUUGAAAAGUAAUUUAUUGUAGGGAACUGUUGAUCUCCAUUAGGUUAAGAAAAACUAAUUUUUCGAUAGAUACGUUAAUUAGAAAAGAGGCGUCAAUAUUAUUUUAAGUUUUUCAUUGGAUACCAAUGUUUUUCAGAAGAUUUUUAUUUUAGGGGUAUAACAACAACUGUUGGUCUCCAAUUAGUCUAAGAUUUUUUAAAGAUUAUUCUCUGAAUAUGACUCGUAUUGUGAUCUUUUAUUAUAAGAAAGAGACUGUCAAAGACUGCACUAAGUAUAAAAAAUGUUAACUAGUU